ACGAAAGGUGCACGAGCCGCCAAACGAGCUCGAUAGGAGGGUUCCUUGAGGUCCAAAAAAGAAAAAAAGAAAAAACCUCGAUAGGGUUCCUUCUCGCGCGCACCUCGCCGCCGCCGCCUCCCGGAAUCGUCGCUCGUCCUGUCAUCCAGCCGCAUACAAGGGCAGCGCAUCCAAGGGCAGCGCCUCCGGCCACCGCUCGAAGCUCUGCCUCCGGCCUCCAAGAUCCGACGGAAGCCUCCGCUCCAAGCUCCCCGACGCCGGCCCUGCUCCAACUCCAACCUCCGCCUACCCUCCGCUUCUCUGCUCCGUCACCGAUCGCUGCUGCUCGGCCGCUUUUCGCCGGACAUCCCCGGCUGCUGUCGACAGUCACGCGAGGCCGACAAAACAGAGACCAAGCAGCUAAUUGAGGUAAUCGCAAGCACCAAGCAGCAAGAUCACGAGGAGAAAGCAAGUUUUGGUUGAUUUCAACCUCUUUGACCAAGUUUUUCGGUUUGUCAAGUCUUCAUAGAGAUGGAUAUUGCGGAUCAAUGGUCGCAUUUUUUGUUAGAGGGCGAGAAGAUUAUUACCAAGUUUGAUGGUAUUCGUUUACGAAACACAAAUGAUGAUGGCAUUCUCCUAGUGACGAAUUUCCAGUUUCUUUUCGUGAGUAAAGAAACAAAAAGCAAGUUGGGUACCAUCCCUCUUACUACAGUUGAGCAAAUAAAGGAACAGGAUGUAAGGUCUUUUGAAAUAAUUGGUCACGAUAUGAGAGUGCUGGUGUUUGAUUUGAAAUCUGAACAAAAGCAAGAGGUACUUAUAUGCAAGGCAACAUUGCAUUUUGUUUUCUCAUGCAUCCGCACUUCCUUAUAUCAUAUAGCUAGUUAUUUGAUCCCAAUUCAACUUUAUUUGACUUGCUAGGUCAGCUUUGAUAUAUGGCAUCUAAAAUAUGCUAACAUUGUAUCAAAAAAUACCUUCUAGAGUACAUAAUACUUUGGUAGAAAUAUUUAUAUUAACUUUCUAACUUGUUUAAAAACCUUUGGUCUGUAAUAAAUAAAAACAUGGCAUCAAUGUCCCCUGUCACGUAAUCUAAAAUCAUCUGUGUUCAUGAUUAUCUACACCAGUUUUUCUAAAGUUUUUCUUCCCUUGGUAUCCAUCAUGAAAACCUAGAUUUGCUUCUCAAUCUUGUAUUGGUUGUACGAAUUCAUUUCCAAAAGCAAGGUUGGUCAGCUGUCAUAGUUUAUCAUUACAGCCUUUCCUUUAGAGUUUGGAAUAAGCAAAAUCAUGUGCUGAAACCACAAGGUUGGCUUGCUUCUACUAUCUGCUUAGUUGAUUUGCCUAAAAUGAAUUCUUUCUAGACAUAUUGUAAUUUUGUACUUGCAAUAAAAUUUACUCAUGAGAUAAUUAUGCUGUUUUGUUUGGCGGCUGAGUAAGAUAGUGGAAUAUUUGACAAGAUGUGCCAAACCUUCAUGUUUGGUUGAUCUUUUUGCAUUUGCACUUAAUUCCACUCCACCCGCGGUUGCUAAUCGAACCAGUCCCAAUAUGCGGCUUUUGAAAGAAUAUCAACGCCUUUUUUGUAAAUGGUUGCCUCCGGGCACCGGUUUCGAAAUUCAAAAGAGUUUAGAGGAUAAAUGGUGGAGGGUAACUGAAGUCAAUUCCGAUUAUUCCUUAUGUUCAACCUAUCCAUCUCACCUGAUAGUCCCACGCACCAUAAGUGAUGAAGAGCUAGAAGAAAUGUCUACCAGCCGAGCUCUUAGUCGCUUGCCUGUUAUUUCCUGGUGUGAUUUUGUAUGUGGAGCUGUCCUGGCAAGGUCUUCUCAGCCCAUGGGAAUCAAGAAUCUUAAGAAUAGGUAUGAGGAUGAAAAACUUGUAUCUGCCCUUCGCACUCCAGGAAUUCACCGCACAGGCCCUAUAAGGAAAUUAUACAUAGUUGAUGCUCGGCCAGCGGUCAGCACUGUAGGAAAUGGUGGUGGCUCAGAGUCAGCUUGUUCCUAUCCAGAAUCUGAGGUUGUCUACCUAGGAAUUGAAGACAUAUAUGAAAUGAGAGUUAGUUUUUCAUCUCUCCGAAAGUAUGUUGAUUCUCAUGGAUCAAUUUCAUCAAAUGGACUACCUUUAGCUGGAUCUGUCACUGCAGACCUGGUAAAUCAUGGAUCAGCCUGGGUUGGCGGAACUAUAAAUAGCAUGACAAAAUUUUCUAUUCGGGGGGAAUGGCUAAAUCAUAUUCAAAUUAUCCUAAUUGGUGGUUCCUGGAUUGCUGAAAAAAUUGCCCAUGAAUCAGCUUCAGUUCUAGUGCAUUGCAGUGAUGGCUGGGACAGAACAACACAGUUAGUUGGACUUGCUUCCCUCCUGCUUGAUCCGUAUUAUCGAACGUUCACUGGAUUUCAGGCGCUUGUGGAAAAAGAUUGGCUAGCUUUUGGCCAUCAAUUUGCGGAGAGGAUGGGUCUUCCAACAAUAGCUAAAGGAUGCCGGCCUGCAAAUCCUUCGGUUAAAUCUCAGGCAUCAGAUAAUAAAACUUCACCAGUACUGUUGCAGUGGCUAGAAUGUAUUGCUCAGUUGUUGCGCAUGUACCCAUCUGCAUUUGAGUUCUCAACUGUAUUCCUGGUUGACUUUAUUGAUGCUGUGUUAUCGUGCCGUUUUGGGAACUUCCUAUGCAAUAGUGACUGGGAAAGGGAGCAAGCUGAAGUCGCGAGCUCUUGUCCUUGCAUUUGGGAGUACUUGGCUGACCUCCGGGCUUCCGGCGGCAUCUUUCAUGAGCACAGAAAUCCCUUUUAUAAACCAAGCAAGUGGAAUGGGCCGAUUGUCCCGCCAGCUCCAACGCUUGCACCCACCCUUUGGCCUGAAUUCUAUUUGAGAUGGGCUUGUCCACUUGAAUCGCAAGGCAGUGAUCGAGAAUGCAAAUAUGUGGAAGCAGUGAAGGCAAUCAAGGAUGCUGAAUCUAGACUUGGUGACCACAAAAGGGAACAUGAGCCGUACUGUUAAUUCAGACGCGGAGAAGCCAAGUGGAGGAAGAAAAUAGUACGGACCAUGGGCUCCAGUGUUAUGACUAGGUGUAUAGUACGUAGCUGCACGAAAUGGGGAAGCCGAGAACCUGUUUCGAUUGACCAACAACAGUUGUGUAAUUUUGGUUAGCUGAUGUUUUUGCGAGCUGUAGGGAAACUAUUGUCAUUGCUUUCCCCUUUGGAUGCCCACUGACUUGCACUGUCUUGGCUACAUUGCUGGGAGCUGGUGCUCCGUGAGCUGUUUUAGCACGGAGUGUCAUGUGUUAUGCCUUCCUUUUGUUUCAGAAAUUCAGGUGGGUGUGGAUGUUC